GUUGUAAAACAGGUUACAUGGCAUGGAAGAGGAGAUUACCUGGCUACAGUCCAACCACAAGGUGGCAAUGCACAGGUUCUUAUUCAUCAGUUGUCUAAAAGAAGAACACAGAAUCCAUUCAACAAAUCAAAAGGCUUGGUACAGUGUGUCUUGUUUCAUCCAACUAGACCUUUUUUCUUUGUAGCUACACAGAGGUUUGUGCGAGUAUAUAAUUUACUAAAACAGGAAAUGACAAAGAAGCUAUUAACAAAUGCAAAAUGGGUUUCAAGCAUUGCAGUUCAUCCUGGAGGUGAUAACAUCAUUGUGGGCAGUUACGAUUGUAGACUGUCCUGGUUUGAUAUGGAUCUUUCAACAAAACCCUACCAAACAUUGAGACAUCACAAGAAAGCAAUACGUCAAGUUACCUUUCAUAAAUCAUAUCCACUGUUUGCUUCAGCUUCCGAUGAUGGUACAGUUAUUGUGUGUCAUGGUACAGUGUAUAG